GGGAUUUCUGACAUAUCUCCCCAGCUCUGACCUUGAGCGAGACAAUAAAAGGGGAUCAGUCCCUGCGCCUUGGGCCAACCCAUUGAGAGCUUUCAGAGGUGUGUCCGGGGCCCAGAGAAUUAACCAUGUCCCGCUUUAUGGAACUGAGGGAAUUUGGAGAGGCAGCCCAGUUUCUCCGCAAAACCAACCUGGAGCAACUGGCUGCGCAGGCCCAUGCUUUUGACGGAAAGAAACGAGUCUGGAUACCAGAUGAGAAGGAAGCUUAUAUCGAUGUAGAGGUUAAAGACUUAGAUGGGGACAAAGCCACUGUGGAAACCAGAGAUGGACGGAUUUUAACAGUCAAAGAGAACGACAUCCAACCCAUGAACCCACCGAAGUUUGACAUGAUAGAGGACAUGGCCAUGCUGACCCACCUCAACGAAGCCUCUGUGCUCUUCAACCUCAGCCGCCGAUACAGCUUCUGGAUGAUCUAUACCUACUCAGGGCUGUUCUGUGUGACAGUAAACCCCUACAAAUGGCUCCCUGUCUACACUGCUGAAGUGGUCGCUGCCUAUAAGGGAAAACGGCGUUCGGACGCUCCUCCUCACAUCUACUCCAUAGCUGACAAUGCUUACAAUGACAUGCUAAAAAAUCGUGAAAACCAGUCCAUGCUCAUCACCGGAGAGUCCGGUGCUGGCAAAACUGUCAACACGAAACGAGUAAUUCAGUAUUUUGCCAUUGUAGCUGCUAUCGGAGAAGCAGGUGGCAAAAAAGGAGGUACACUAGAGGACCAGAUCAUAGAGGCCAACCCAGCAAUGGAGGCGUUCGGCAAUGCUAAGACUAUAAGGAACGACAACUCGUCUCGCUUUGGCAAAUUCAUAAGAAUCCAUUUUGGCCCCACGGGAAAGCUGGCAUCUGCUGACAUUGACAUCUAUCUUCUUGAAAAAUCCAGAGUGAUAUUCCAGCAACCUGGAGAGAGGAGCUACCACAUCUACUACCAGAUCUUAUCUCACAGGAAACCAGAGCUUCAAGACAUGCUGCUGGUGUCGUCGAAUCCGUUUGACUACCACUUCUGCUCUCAGGGUGUGACCACAGUAGAUAAUUUGGACGAUGGACAAGAGCUACUUGCAACCGAUCAUGCCAUGGACACUCUUGGCUUCACUCCUGAAGAGAAAUAUGGCUGUUAUAAGAUUGUGGGCGCCAUUAUGCACUUUGGUAACAUGAAAUUCAAAGUAAAGCAGAGAGAAGAACAGGCAGAAGCUGAUGGCACUGAAAGUGCAGACAAAGCCGCAUAUCUGAUGGGAAUCAACUCAGCUGAGCUUAUAAAAGGCUUGCUUCACCCCAGGGUGAAGGUGGGCAAUGAGUACAUUGUGAGAGGACAGACUGUAGAACAGGUGACCUACGCUGUUGGAGCGCUCGCCAAAGCUACAUAUGACCGCAUGUUUAAAUGGCUCGUCAGCAGGAUCAACAGGACACUUUACACGGCCAUCCCUCGCCAGUUCUUCAUUGGAGUUCUGGACAUAGCUGGCUUUGAGAUCUUUGAGUUUAACAAUUUUGAGCAGCUGUGCAUCAACUUCACGAAUGAAAAACUGCAGCAGUUUUUCAAUCAUCACAUGUUCAUCCUAGAACAGGAGGAAUAUAAGACAGAGGGCAUUGAGUGGACGUUCAUUGACUUCGGCUUAGACCUACAGGCCUGCAUCGACCUCAUUGAGAAGCCACUGGGUAUAAUGUCUAUAAUGGAGGAGGAGUGCAUGUUUCCCAAAGCCACAGACAGCAGCUUCAAAGCUAAACUCUAUGAUAAUCACCUCGGCAAGUCCCCCAACUUCCUGAAGCCAAAACCGGACAAGAAACGCAAGUACGAGACCCACUUUGAGCUGGUUCACUACGCUGGUGUGGUGCCUUACAACAUCAGUGGAUGGCUGGACAAGAACAAAGACCCUCUGAAUGAAACUGUUGUGGGCAUCUUCCAGAAAUCAUCCAACAAGUUGAUGUCUAGCCUCUUUGAGCACUUUGUCAGCUUAGAUGCAGGAGCAGAGCCCAAACCUGGCGGCAAGGAGAAGAGGAAGAAAGGAGCAUCAUUCCAAACAGUGUCACAGCUUCAUAAGGAGAAUCUCAACAAACUGAUGACCAACCUGAGGAGCACUCAGCCUCACUUUGUGCGCUGCAUCAUCCCUAAUGAGUCCAAGACUCCAGGUAUGAUGGAGCCGUUCCUGGUCUUGCACCAACUGCGUUGUAAUGGAGUACUGGAGGGGAUCCGCAUCUGUAGGAAGGGAUUCCCCAAUCGUAUCCUAUAUGCAGAGUUUAAACAGCGGUACCGCAUUUUGAACCCUUCUGCCAUUCCAGAGGACACGUACGUGGACAGCAGGAAGGCUGCAGAGAAGUUGCUAGGCUCGCUGGACAUAGACCACAGUCAAUACAAAUUUGGCCACUCCAAGGUUUUUUUUAAGGCUGGUCUGCUGGGUCAUCUGGAAGACAUGAGGGAUGAGCGACUGGCGAAGAUCAUCACCAUGUUGCAGGCUUUCUGCAGGGGCAAACUCAUGAGGAUGGUGCGGAGGAAGCUGAUGCAAGAGAAGGAGGCUAUAAUGGUGAUUCAGUGGAAUAUCCGGGCGUUUUAUGCAGUCAAAAACUGGCCGUGGAUGCGUCUCUUCUUCAAGAUCAAACCUCUCUUGAAGAGUGCAGCCACCGAAAAGGAGCUGGCCGCUCUCAAGGAAGAAUUCCAGAAGCUAAAGGAGGCAUUUGAGAGAUCAGAGGCCAAGAGAAAGGAGCUGGAAGAACGACAGGUUUCCCUGGUGCAAGAGAAAAAUGACCUUUCUCUGCAGCUUCAAGCUGAACAAGACAACCUGGCGGACGCAGAAGACAGAUGCAACCUGCUGAUUAAGGCUAAGAUUCAGAUGGAAGCGAAAGUGAAGGAGCUUAUGGAAAGACUGGAAGAUGAAGAGGAGAUGAGUUCUAGCUUGCUUACCAAAAAACGCAAGCUAGAGGAUGAGUGUGCAGAGCUGAAAAAGGAUCUUGAUGACCUGGAGAUGACCUUGGCCAAGGUGGAGAAAGAGAAACAUGCCACAGAGAACAAGGUGAAGAAUUUGGCAGAGGAGAUGGCAGCUCUGGAUGAGACCAUCCUCAAGCUGACUAAAGAGAAGAAAGCCCUGCAGGAUGCCCAUCAGCAAGCUCUGGAGGACUUGCAAGCAGAGGAGGACAAGGUUAACAUGUUGACCAAGGCUAAAAUCAAGCUGGAGCAGCAGGUUGACGAUCUUGAGGGCUCUUUGGAGCAAGAGAAGAAGGUGCGUAUGGACCUUGAGCGAGUCAAGCGUAAGCUGGAAGGAGACUUAAAGAUUUCUAUGGAGUCAGCCAUGGACCUGGAGAAUGACAAACAGCAGCUAGAAGACAGGCUGAAGAAGAAAGACGUUGAAAUGAGUCACAUUAACUCCAAAAUUGAAGAUGAACAAGCCAUGGUGCUUCAACUGCAGAAGAAAACAAAGGAAUUGCAGACUCGUAUCGAGGAGCUGGAGGAAGAGCUGGAGGCAGAGCGGGCAGCUCGAGCGAAGGCAGAGAAACAGCGCUCAGAUGUAACCCGGGAGCUGGAGGAGCUGAGUGAGCGGCUAGAGGAGGCAGGGGGAGCCACUGCAGCUCAGAUCGAGAUGAACAAGAAGCGGGAGGCAGAUUUCCUGAAGCUGCGGCGAGACCUGGAAGAAGCCUCUUUACACCACGAGGCCACGACAGCUUUGCUGAGGAAGAAGCACGCAGACAGUGUGGCUGAGCUGAGUGAGCAGUUAGACAACCUGCAGAGGGUCAAACAGAAACUGGAGAAGGAGAAGGCUGAGGCCAGAAUGGAGGUUGAGGAUCUGGCUUCUAAUCUGGAACACCUCUCAAGGGCCAAGGCUGCAACAGAGAAGAUGUGCAGGAUGUUUGAGGACCAGCUGAACGAGUCCAAGACCAAAGUGGAGGAACUUCAGAGGCAGUUGAUGGAUGUCACCUCUCAGAAAGCCCGUGCCCAGACAGAGAGUGCGGAGAUUAGUCGCAGAUUGGAGGAGCGGGAGGUCCUAGUUAUGCAGCUUCAGCGCACCAAACUCUCUCUCACACAGGCUGGAGAGGACCUGAAGAAACAGCAGGAGGAGGAGUGCAGGGCAAAGAAUGCUUUGGCUCAUGCAGUGCAGUCAUCUCGACAUGACUGUGACCUGCUGAGGGAGCAAUUUGAAGAAGAGCAGGAAGCCAAAUCCGAGCUGCAGCGGGCCUUAUCCAAAGCUAAUGCCGAGAUUGCUCAAUGGAGGACGAAAUAUGAGACUGAUGCUAUUCAAAGGACAGAGGAACUGGAGGAAGCCAAGAAGAAGCUGGUGACUCGGCUGCAGAGUUCAGAGGAGGUGAUAGAAGCCUCAAAUGCUAAAUGCGCCUCACUAGAGAAGACCAAACACCGCCUGCAGACUGAGAUUGAGGACUUAAUGGUGGACCUGGAACGCUCCAAUGCUGUUGCCGCUGUAUUAGACAAGAAACAGCGCAGUUUUGAUAAGGUGUUGUCCGAGUGGAGGCAGAAGUUUGAGGAGUCACAGGCAGAGUUGGAGAGCUCUCAGAGGGAGUCCCGCAGUCUGAGCACUGAGCUCUUCAAGCUCAAGAACUCCUAUGAGGAGGCACUUGAGCACCUGGAGACUGUUACUCGGGAGAACAAGAACCUUCAAGAGGAAAUCACUGACCUGACUGAGCAGAUCAGUCAAGGAGGCAAAACCAUCCAUGAACUGGAGCAGAUAAAAAAGGUCUUGGACCAAGAGAAGUGCAACAUCCAAGCAGCUCUGGAGGAAGCUGAGGGUACCCUGGAGCAUGAGGAGAGUAAGACCUUGCGAACCCAGAUGGAGCUCAGCCAGGUCAAAACUGAGAUAGACAGAAAGCUAGCAGAACGGGACGAGGAGAUUGACAACCUCCGGCGGAAUCACCAGCGGGUCCUGGAAUCCAUGCAGGCCUCUUUGGAUGCAGAGGCCAGAGCAAGAAAUGAAGCUGUUAGAUUAAAGAAGAAGAUGGAGGGAGACCUCAAUGAGAUGGAGAUCCAGCUCAGCUAUGCUAACAAGCAGGCCGCUGAGUCCCAGAAACUAGUUCGCCAUCUGCAGGUUCAAAUAAAGGACAUGCAGCUGGAAUUCGAUGAGUCUAUGCAUCAGUGUGAGAACCUGAAGGAGCAGGUGGCAGUGACGGACCGCAGAAACACCCUUCUCGCUGCUGAGGUGCAGGAACUCCGCACAGCCAUCGAACAAACGGACCGAAUGCGGAAGGUUGCUGAACAUGAGCUGCUUGAGUCUUCUGAGAGAGUGAACCUCUUACAUGCACAGAACACUGGUUUACUGAACCAGAAAAAGAAGCUAGAAGGGGAUCUCUCCACGCUGGCCGGCGAAGUGGAUGAGACUCUGCAAGAGUGCCAAAAUGCUGAGGAGAAGGCCAAGAAGGCAAUCACUGAUGCAGCCAUGAUGGCAGAGGAGCUGAAGAAAGAGCAGGAUACCAGCUCCCAUCUAGAAAGGAUGAAGAACAACAUGGAGCAGACCAUCAAAGACCUGCAGAUGCGUUUGGAUGAGGCAGAGCAGAUCGCCCUCAAGGGAGGCAAGAAACAGAUCCAGAAACUAGAAACACGGGUGAGGGAGCUUGAGGGAGAGCUGGACUGUGAGCAGAGGAAGAGUGGGGAAUUCCAAAAAGGAAUACGCAAAUAUGAGAGGCGGAUCAAAGAGCUUACAUAUCAGACAGAAGAGGACAGGAAGACAUUGUUGAGGAUGCAGGACCUGAUAGAUAAGCUCCAGGCCAAAGUGAAGAGCUACAAGAGGCAAGCUGAGGAUGCAGAGGAACAGGCCAACUCCAACAUGACUCGCUUCAGAAAGAUCCAGCACGAUCUGGACGAUGCAGAGGAGAGGGCAGACAUGGCCGAGUCUCAGAUCAACAAACUGCGCGUGCGCACUAGAGAGAUGCAUACUACUGUCAAGAUCACAGAGUGACGAACGAACCGCAAAUUCUGCUCAACUUACAGCAGAGGACUUCACAGAGUGAUGUAGCACGUGUGAAUCUAUUUCUGAUGAAGUUUUUGGUUUACACAAUGCAAAGGACUAAAAAGCUUAAUGUGAUGCUUACUGGUGAUCAUCGAAGACAAAAACUGAUCAUUUUAUUAAUAAUGUAGAGUAGAGCAUGCAUAUAUUGACAUGGUGGGUUUUAAAAGGAGUCGAGAUACUAAGCUUAAGAGUGAUUGUGAAAAUUUGAAAUGCAAAGAUAAAUACAGGGCACUGUUCAUGGCAUUCAGUGUGUGUGUACAAUAAAAACAGGAAUGUGUGGCUAUUGA